AUGUGCUCUCCCUGGUCUCCCCCCUCAUCCCUGGCUUUCUGGGCCUUCAUCCUUCACUUCCACACUGAAGCAUUUAGUGCCAAUCUGGAGGGGGCUCUGUACAGGGACCUGAUGAAGGGCUACAGCAGGAACAUCAGACCUGCAGAGAAACACAGUGACAUCACGGAGGUCAAACUCAAGAUGACUCUCACCAAUCUCAUCUCUUUGAAUGAAAAAGAGGAAGCACUCACCACAAGUGUCUGGAUUGAGAUGCAAUGGUGUGACUACCGUUUGAGAUGGGAUGACAAGCCCCAGUAUGAAGCAUAUAAGAACAUCACACGCAUGCGCAUCCCCUCCAAACACGUCUGGCUCCCUGACAUCGGCCUGGAGAACAAUGUUGAUGGCCAGUUUGAGGUGGCACUGUAUGUAAAUGCCCUGAUCGACCCGGAUGGCUGUGUCACCUGGAUCCCUCCUGCCAUCUACAGAAGUUCCUGCCCAAUCCUGGUCGACUACUUCCCUUUUGACUGGCAGAAUUGUACCAUGAUGUUCAGGUCCCAGACAUACAGUGCAAAUGAGAUCCAUCUGAUUCUCAUGCCUGAAGACAACAUCACAAUGGAGUGGGUCGAAAUAGACCCUCAGGCAUUCACAGAGAACGGCGAGUGGGUGAUUAAACACAGACCGGCAAAGAGGAUCAUCAACGAGCGCACCAGUCGAGAUGAGCUGGACUAUCAGGAGCUGGUCUUCUUCCUGGUCAUCCAGAGGAAGCCUCUCUUCUACGUCAUCAACAUCAUAGUGCCCUGUGUGCUCUUCUCCUCCCUGGCCCUGCUUGUCUACUUCCUGCCGGCCAAAGCUGGAGGCCAGAAGUGUACCAUGUCCAUCGCCAUCCUCCUGGCACAGACUGUCUUCCUCAUCCUCAUCGCCAAGAAAGUUCCGGAAACAUCCAAAGCAGUGCCUCUCAUCGGAAAGUACCUGAUGUUUGUGAUGGUGGUCGCUACUAUCACGGUGAUGAACUCUGUGGUUGUGCUGAAUGUUUCCCUGAGGACCCCCAACACACACAACAUGAGCAAUAGAGUCAGACAGGUGCUUCUGAACAUCCUGCCUCGGCUGAUGAUGAUGCACAUGGCGCCGUUGGCCCCCAAAGAUGACAGCGGCGGUUGGAGGGAGAACGGGUCCCCAUUUGCCCGGCGACGCCGCAGCUCUGUGGGCCUGAUCGCCAAGGCGGAGGAGUACAUGCUCCGGACCGCGCGCUCCGAGCUCAUGUUCGCCAGGCUGAAGAAGAGAGACGGCCUGAUGGCUACAGCACUGCAGAAGAUCCAGAAUGGGUUGGAGGAGGGGACGGAAAAGGAGAUUGGGGAGAGCUUGGCCAAGGCCUCGGCAGAAGUCCAGCAAUGUGUGGCAGCCUGCAAACACAUCACAGAGAGCGCUAGGCAACAGAACGACUUCCAGAACGAGAAUGAGGAGUGGUUUCUGGCAGCUCGAGUGAUUGACAGGGUGUGCUUCUUUGCCAUGGCGAUGCUCUUCAUUCUUGGCACAAUCUGCAUCUUCCUGAUGGGUCACUUCAACCUUGCUCCCUCCACCCCUUUUCCCGGAGAUCCGAAGAAGUACCUGCCUGAAUAAGAACGAAAGUGUAGAAGCUCAAAAGAUGAAGCUUUUACUUCCUAACUCACUUAACCCUGUGCUUUGAGAGCUGGGGAAGCAGUGGCAUAUUUGUUUGGGUGCCGUGGGAAAACACUAUGCAGGAGUGUACACAGCAGCACCCUUAGAACUGCCAGAAAGAGGAGGUUUGACCUGCUUGUCACAGCAGUGGCCCAUGGAGGGGGUCAGCUUAAACAGAUAUCGAGCAACAAAGAACAAAGAGGCAUUAAGCAGAGAGAAAUAAACUAUGUGAUGUAUUCAGUGUAUGAUACUGUGUGCUAUACCUCAGUGACUGGUGUUGCAUUCUGUGGACAACAUAACACAUUUUUAUACAGCGUUUUUCAGCAUACAUUCAAGUAAUAUUCAGCUCAUCUUCAUCUUUUUUUCUAAGUACCGGUGGAAUUAAGAAUUUGUGUUGCAAUGAUCUUUGUAUUUUCUUUUCAAUAAAGGCUAAAAUGUUGACAUAAUUAGACUAUUGUAAAUAUUAUUUGAGAAAUCUGCUUGGGUCAUUUUCCAUGAAUCUUACAGUGCGCUGUACUGUCAUAACCUCUGUGUUGAAUAAGAGUCCCAAUGAAGCACAGCUGUGGAGGAUCUUUGAGUUCUACGGGUACAUGAAGUAUUUCACAGAGCUACUUAGACUCAGCAGCUUCUCAUCCAGGAACAGUGUAGGAGAGACCUAUGUGCCUGGUGAUUUAGAUCGCUUUACACUUAGUGGACGUCAUACAUAUGAAAGGAGAGCUUUAUGGUACACUAGACCCCUCUUCGGCCAAUCACAUCUUUUCUGGGAACGCCCUUUUGUGUCCUUAAAUUGAACCAACACUUCCAGUAACUAAGAUGCUCCCCACCCCCUUUUGAUCUCAUCUCCGUUGGGGGUAGGAAUGAGGUGGAGGGAGGGAGAGAUGUGUACCCCGCCACCCCUCAAAAAUCCUCUCUCCUUCAAGAAGGCUCUCAAUUACAUGGGUGAGUGGGACCUUUCUGGAGCAACAAUGGGCAGAUCCGGCUGGUUGGGAUGGAAACGAGACGGAUGACACUGAGCCAGUGAGUGUGUGUGUGUGUGUAUGUGUGUGUCUGA